AUGGCGAGCUCACCCCUGUUCUUGAAGCCGUGGACCGAGCACUUCAACCCAUUCGACGCGAUUGGUUUCACCAGCAUCACGUUGCUGCCGCCGUCUCAGGCCGCGUUUGACGAGGCAUGCCUCGCCGCAUAUGUGGCCAGCAACGCAAGAAUCCUCGAACGAGCCGGCAUUGAGGUCGAGAAGCUACCCUACAGCCGCACCCAGAUCGACCAGGCCGUUGACUUCACGAAGAGCGGGGAUGACGAUGACAGCGGUGCCCUGGACAGACUACGUGAAGCCAAGACACGCCUAUUCUCAAGACGGUAUCUAUGCUGGCAUCAGCCAGAAGAGGCUGCUCACCGCAUGCUCAUCCCGAAGGCGAAGGUGACAAGGACUGGCCGAGUGGCUCGUCAACAGCUUCAGGCCUCCACAGAAACCCACGAGACUGCAGACCGCGGCCUCUCUGGCCCCAAGGUUUCACACCGCGCGCCGCAAAAUGCCCGUGCCCAGCGCAUCCCUGACACGAAACUUGGCAGCGCCGCUCGGCCUGUGGUGAGAACGGCGCCCUUCCAGCUCCCGCCGCCCACCGCCCAGCCCGUCAUUGCGCACGAGACGAGCACAGCGCAGAGCCGUCUCAACCACAGCAAAUCUGGAAGAACCAACCGCUCCUCUGUCAACCUUCGCUCUUCAUCCCAACCUGCCACCCUUCUAGCGUCGCAGUCUUCAUCAUCGACGACGCAGAAGAAGUCCCGCACGAACUACCAAAAGGUGUCCGUCCGCGAUGCCACCCCGGACGCAGUAGACAGUGGCUACUCGAGCGGCCUCUCCCCUCUCCGGGGUAAAAACGAGCCUGUCAUGCGAUCCCCGUCUCCACCUUCGUCGCCUGUCCCCCUUCGACGUUCGCCCCCAGUUUCAACUUCCAAGUCUCUGUUCGAGCAAUGGAAGAGCAUGACUUCGGACAACCUUCCCACACAGGGAGGACAGAGAAAGACACAGCGCCACGCCGGACGCACCACCAGCACCCGAAAAGAACAACCCGUCCGAUGCGAGCCUUACAAGCAAGCUCGACGACUACCGGGUCCCCAGUAGUGGACCAAGGACGGUGGACGGACAUCCAUGACAUCCAAGUCCCGUGGCACCAAGACACUACUUGAGUGAGUGCUGUCGUUAGGUUGCUGCAUGGAUUGAUGUGAUGUCAAGUCUACAUUGGAGGGGCUGGAAGAGUUCGCAACCCAAAGAGACAUGAUCCGGACGGAUAGACUGCCAUCAAGGUUUUCAGGUUUGUAUGAAUGAUGGCCUGUUGACAUUUGAGGAAUGCCAUGAUGACCAGGCGUAGGGGCUCAAGCUGGCAUUCAGGUACGACAGAGUGAACCAACGAGGCACGGCGGUACAUCGAAUGAUUCGUGUUAGACUUUGAGACGGACGCUGCCGGGGCAGAAUAGAUCAGCAGGAGCUUCGGCAAGCUUCUAGCCGUCCUAGUGUAUGAUACUUGUCAGUCUUGUAGUGCAACAUCUCAUCGCUCUGAUUCACAAGGG